AAAUGUCAAGAAAGUUGUUUUGUUUUGAGUUGAAUUAAAUUUACAAUUGAAUCCUGUGAUUGAAUGAAGAGAUAAAGAAAUAAAGGGGCGUAAAUUGCAGAUUCGAAGAAUUUCUAUAAAUCAAUUCAGUAUUUAAUAAUAACUUUUUAUAGAUAGCGUGUAAAAUUCGUGCCAUGGCUAGUGGCUUUCGGCUUCGUUUUCCCGCCGAUACCAAAGAAGUUAAACCUGAUGAUACCGAAUCACCGUCUAGACGAGGCAUUAGAAACAGAAGCAAACCCAAAAAGUACGGAGAUUUUCUUGAAGUAUCGCCUACGAAACGUAAGCUUCCAGCAGCAGAAGAAAGUUCCGAAGAUGAGAGUUUCGACGAAGAGCAGGAUUUACAAAAACCUACAGCAUUAUUCAGCAAUGAUGAUGUGGAAGGCCAAGACAUGUUUAAAUUUAAGUCUCGUCACACAAAACACGAUUUACAUAAUAAAGUAAAGUCUGCCAUAAGUAACUCACCAAAGGUAGAUUCUCCAUUGAAGACUCCAAAACGUAAUUUGCUGAAAGUGAGCGAAGCUACUCCAAAGAUUGUAAAGGAUAUCAUGAAAAAGAGAAUAAUUCGAGAGGUUGAAAGUGAGAGCAGCGAAAGUGAUUUUUCUGGGAGCAGCAGUGAUUUUGUGCCGGAUGAAAGUGAUCAUGAGGAUUCCAAUGCGUCGGAACAAAGUGUUUCAGAGGAGGAAGAGCCUCAAGAGUCAGUCAAAAAACAAGUGGUUAAAACUAGAGGCGGCAGAGCGAAGACUAAGGAUUCAGAGUAUUUUGUCACUCCAGAUAACUACUUCAUGAUGCAUUCAAGUAAAAAGAUAACAACAUCUGAUCACACACUAGCCAGGAUAAAGAACCUCAAUCUAACAGAUGAUUUGAAUGAAGAGGAAACAAAAAUUUCUGCAGAACAUAAGCAAAAAAUCCUUGAACUAAACCAAUCAUAUGAAGACCUCUUCGAUCGAUGGCUUUACAUUUUGAGUGAAAACUUCAAUAUAAUUCUAUAUGGAAUUGGCUCUAAGCGCUCAAUACUUCAUCAAUUUCAAAUGCAAAAAUUACAAGACUGUCCUUGUAUAGUUGUCAAUGGAUUUUUCCCGAGUCUCACUAUAAAGAAUAUUCUAGAAACUAUAAUCAUUGAUCUGUUAGAAAAUACUCGAGUACCCUCCAAUAUUGGAGAUAUUGUUAAUUUGAUCGAGACUCAACUUAAAGAGAAUGAAACUGAAUUAUUUUUGAUUAUACACAACAUUGAUGGUGCUAUGUUACGGAAUGCUAAGGCACAAAAUAUUAUAUCCAGCAUUUCACAGAUCAGUAAUGUGCAUACGAUUGCCACUAUUGAUCAUAUCAACGCGCCUUUACUAUGGGACCAUUCAAAACUGAGUAAAUUCAAAUUUACCUGGUGGGACGUGACUACCUUUUUGCCUUACAACGAAGAGACUUCAUAUGAAAACUCUCUCAUGUCGCAUAGAAGCGGAGCCCUACAGCUGUCAUCAUUGCGCAGCGUGUUCCAGUCGCUGACGACCAAUGCUAAAGGGAUAUUCAACAUCAUCAUAAAUUAUCAGCUAGAGAAUCAGAAGCAAGCCCAUUAUCAAGGGCUACCUUUCAAGGAUCUUUACUCCAAAUGCCGAGAGCAGUUCCUCGUGUCAUCAGACUUGGCACUUCGAGCUCAACUUACAGAGUUCCUGGACCACAAGCUAGUCAAAAUGAAGCGCACUUACGACGGCAGUGAAAAUCUGAUUAUACCCAUAGAUAAUACUCUGUUACAACAAUUUUUGGAACAACAAAAUAGCUGAUGGCCAUUGUUGUGAAGUUGUUAAAUUAUUUUCCGAUGAUCAAUACCGUUUUUUAAUUGAAAGCCAAUAUACAACAAUCUAUGAGGUUUGUGUCGUGUUUAUUUUGAGGUUCAACAGAAAUAAAACUAAAAAUUAUA